AAUAGGACAAAUCGAGGUGAGGCGGAGCUGUCCACAAAAACCACCAAAAGAUCUCUUGAAUUCUUCAGUCUUUCUUUGCUGUUCCACUUCAUAUACAUGUAUGCUUUCACCAUCAUCCCAUUGUAUAUUUAACCACUUAAAUGUGAACUACUCUUCCUUUCACAAGACAUGCGCCACUUACGUAUUCAGAUCCAUUCGUAUUAUACCUCAGUAUAUGAAAUGCUUUCGUAACUUAAAUCCAGUCAAAUAAAGUGACGCCGGUGCGGGACAGCGCUUCAUCACGCGAGAGCACAGCAGCCUCACUGCAGCGGGACAGGUGCAUCCACGCAGAAUCAAUCACACAGACUGAAACUGAACCUGGAGUGGGAAUGCAUACAAUAUAGUCAUGUGUAUAAGCGGAGAACAGUGAAAUCAUCGGUCUACUUUCUUCAUGAGGUGUGCCAUCAUGUUUUUGAAGGGGCUGAUCUUGUUGGUGCUGUUAGUACAGUUCUCUGCAGAAGAAGGAGGCAAACCUAAGAAAGGGAAAAAGGGCAAACAAGUCAUCUGUCCCUCUCAGUUAUCAGCAGAAGAUCUGGACAGAGUCCCAGCCAACUCAACCAGUAACAUACUGAACCGCCUGCUGAUGACUUAUGACUCACGAAUACGACCAAAUUUCAAAGGUAUUCCAGUGGAGGAUAAGGUGAACAUCUUCAUCAACAGCUUUGGCUCAAUCCAGGAGACCACAAUGGAUUACCGUGUAAAUAUUUUCCUGCGUCAGCGCUGGAAUGAUCCACGGCUGCGAUUACCUGCUGAUUUUAAGUCGGAUGCAUUGACUGUCGAUCCAAAAAUGUUCCAGUGCCUGUGGAAGCCAGAUCUGUUUUUCGCUAAUGAAAAAAAUGCUAAUUUUCAUGAUGUUACCCAGGAAAACAUUCUCCUUUUCAUCUUCCGCAAUGGAGAUGUCCUUAUCAGCAUGAGGUUGUCUGUCACUCUGUCUUGCCCUCUGGAUCUACAACUCUUUCCUAUGGACACCCAACUCUGCAAGAUGCAAUUAGAGAGCUUUGGAUACACCACAAAGGACCUGGUGUUUAUGUGGCAGUCAGGGGACCCCGUUCAGAUGGAUGAAAUUGCGUUGCCACAGUUCGAUGUAAAGCAAGAGGAUAUCCGGUACGGAAACUGCACAAAGUUCUACCCUGGAACAGGAUAUUACACAUGUGUAGAGGUCAUAUUCACUCUGAGGAGACAGGUGGGCUUUUACUUGAUGGGUGUUUACGCUCCCACCCUGCUCAUUGUUGUCCUGUCAUGGUUGGCCUUCUGGAUCAACCCUGACGCCAGUGCAGCGCGUGUGCCCUUAGGUAUUCUAUCUGUUCUAUCACUCUCAUCCGAGUGUACAUCUCUAGCAUCUGAGCUUCCUAAGGUCUCCUACGUGAAGGCUAUUGAUAUCUGGAUGAUUGCCUGUUUGCUCUAUGGUUUUGCCUCGCUGGUGGAGUAUGCUGUAGUUCAGGUGAUGUUGAACAGUCCCAAGCGAAUUGAAGCAGAGAAGGUCAAGAUGGCUCAGAAAGAUAAAGAAAAAGAAAAAGAGAACAAGACGCCAGCCAAAAAGAACAGUGUCAAUGGAACUGGAGGAACACCUAUACAUGUCAGCACACUACAGGUUGUAGAAAACCGCUGCAAGAAGGUGUGCACUUCUAAAUCUGAUCUGCGCUCAAAUGAUUUCAGCAUUGUCGGUUCUCUCCCACGUGAUUUUGAACUCUCCAACUUCGAUUGUUACGGCAAACCCAUAGAGGUCACAAAUUCUGCCGGAAAAUCACAAAACAAGAACAACAAGAAGCCUGCCCCACCAAAACCUGUCAUUCCAUCUGCAGCUAAACGGGUUGAUCUUUAUGCUCGAGCUCUGUUUCCAUUCACUUUUCUCUUCUUUAAUGUCAUUUACUGGUCUGUCUACCUGUGAACAUGACAAAGUGUGUGUGUGUGUGUGUGUGUGUGUGUGUGUGUGUGUGUUAGCGUGCAUGGAUGUUGAUGAGGGAGUAGACAUAAUGUGAUCAAGCAUGAACAAAGUCCUUUACAUUGUCUGAUGUCUGUUAUUUUGAUCGGAUCAGUUAAAUAGUCCCUGUCCUUUGCUACAUUUAUUUGUGUUUUUCUUUUCCUUUAAGUAGCUUUUUGAAACGUAUAGCUUUAAUACAAGCAAACUUUGACAGCAUGACUUUACAGGCAAUGUGUGUUCAGCCAUCAUGUUAGGCCCAGAUAGAUACCCACAUCCAUGCAUAGAUGUCUGUUGUUUAUAAUCUCAGGCAAAAAUGUAUAAUGUACUUAUGGAAUUAAGGACUAUAUCAGAUAUGGACCUACACAGUUGUGUAUUCAGAAUGAAUUUUUGUAUAAGUAUUACAUAUCAACAGGCCCAGGCCCACACAGAAUCUGUGCCCUUAGAACUUUUCAGAUUUCUGCUGUAUUGGGAAACAUCCCAAGCCCCUUGCGUGUUUGUUUAUUAAAAAUUUGGGCUUAUAUCAUAAUGCUUCCUGCUGCCAAUAAAAGUGUAUUAGUCUUAUGAGCUCUAUUUAACACAUUUUACCAUGUUUAAAUCCAUUUUAAACAUGGUAUUAAAAAUCUCCCAAAUCUGCACAGAAAAUGUGAACAAAAUGAGCCUGCAUUUUAGUUUGUAAUUAAAUGGGAUUUAACUGCUGUAAUUGAGCCAUACAAUAAAGAUCCUUCA